AUGCCCUCCAGCUUGGUGCCCUCCAGCUUGGUGCCCUCCAACUUGGUGCUCUCCAACUUUGGGAUUGGUGAUGAUUCUGUUUUCUUCUCCGUAGGUCUCAUAGACGACCAUAAAAACACUCACGGGGAUGUACCGCGCCCGCUGCCAUCCGCACCGCCCAGGUGGAACAACCCCCGCCAGCCUACCUUCAACAGGAGGGGGACAUUUUCAACCAGGUACCCCCAGCAGCCUCCCAGGGAUUUCCAACUGUCCCAAGGUCACUCUUGGAGGAAAAAAUAUUCCCUGGUUAACCGACCACCAGGAUCGAUGAGCGAUUUUGGAAGCAGUGGAAGUGCCAGCGUGUCUCAGGCUUUUGGAAACUAUGGGGACAACCAGGCACCUGAACCACUAGAAUCAUCUCCAGAGAGACACGUGGACUUAACCAGGGAUGGUAACAUAGUUGUGGGGAUCCAGCUGCCUCAAAGAGCUGGUUCCUUUGUAGAUACGAAAGGUUUUGCUGAUGUGGGUUCUUCCUGUGAAUUUUCUGGGCUGAAAACGAUGGUUGCUGCCCCAGGUGAGGGUGAAAAUACUCAACAAUCUCUGUCCACAAGCAGAAAUGAAGAGAGGAGACCCUCCCUCUCCGUUUCAUUUAGUUCAUCUCACCGCUUUGUGAGUUCAGCCUACGUGAGCACCUCGGAUAAGCCUAGAAUGGUGCGUCUGCCCGGCAACGUGACCGCGAGCUCCCUCACCUCCUGUGGAAGCACCAGUGAAAACGCCGUGACGCUGAAAUCGGAGCCACAGCAGCCUUUGAUGUUGCCAGGUCAUGAACCGGCUCGACACUUGGUAAGGAGGAAAGCAGAACCACCAGCUGCAGGACAGUUUAGUUGUGAACAAGUCAGAGAUGCUUUCAGAGAGCCAAAACUCUUUGGAAGUGGUGAGACGUGCUCUAGACCUUCUCAGGCUGCGACUGUGGUGGUUGGGAUGACUCCAAUGAAGAGCAGGUUUUCUGUAGUCCCCAAAGCUGCUGGUCUCCAAAGAGUUGCCUCAACAUCCAUCUCCAGCAAAGCUUCAAAGUUCAGGAAAACAAAUUACACGUGGGUUGCAAACCCUGGUAAAUGCUCUCGUACUGUCAAGAGAUGGGUCAGCCCUAGAGCUUCUGAAAGCGUUAAGAAGGUUGCUGGUGGAGUUGACAGAGGUGCUAAACUAUCCCCAAAAGCAGAUUUGGGAGCAAAGCUGAAGAAAUCAGGACUGCAAUCCAAACUGGGUGUUUCUCCCAGUAAAUAUAAGUGGAAAGCCUCCAGCCUGCAGACUUCACCCUCCACCUCCAAGUCAGCGUUCAGGUGGAGAUCUGAAGAUCAGAAAAAGCCUCCAGCCCCCAAUGUCCCUCGAGCUGGUGCCAUCCCACCACCUCCGAGCGCUGUGUCUGUUGGUCUCAGUGGGGUGAAGUCCUCCUUUGGAGAUGCUGCAUUGUCCAGUUAUAAAGUGAAGAGUAGGACAAAAAUCAUCAAGAGAAAAGGGAGCUCGAGUUCUCCAACAGAUAAGAAGAACAGCUCCUCACCCACCACACCUCUGAAAAGCCACUUCCAUCUCAAGAAGAAAAACUCCUUGCGGGGGAAACCUUCUGUGACACCGAAACGUUCCUCUCCCAAGGGCCUGGUGCAGAUCACCAAGCACAGACUCUGCAGGCUGCCGGCCACCAAGGUGCAGGUCUCCACCAAAGAAGGUAGGAACAUCCAUCCCAAGGGGUGA